GCACGGUCAGUUUUCGGUGGUUUUUGCGCGACAACGCAAAAUUUGAUGGAAUUAUUUCAAUUCGUCCCAGUGUGUGUAUUUUCCGUGUGGAAUGCGUCUCCGCCAGUGACUCUGAUCGUUCACGUGUCCAAUCCGCCAGCCUGAGUGGAAUGAAAGUGAAAAGACCCGCGUACACAUUGGUGUGCAGAGAGGUUGGUGAAAGUAAAUAGGGCAGUGCACUAGAAAAGCCGCAGUGAUCGCCUCAGGGCAUCUCCUGGAGACGCAGUCCCGCAGACGUCUUUCCCAGGCAGGACGGCAUCGUCAGAAGCAAUACUCUCCAAAACCCAGUGAAGCAACUCCUUCUUGUGCGCCAUUCGACCAUCAGUGUUCUAUUUGUCGUCAGAUUGCAAUCACAUGCUGAAGCAGCAUCAAAUGGACUCUUUGCAGAGAAACUCACAUAAAUAAUCGUGUUUAUUGAGAGUACGAUUAAUUUAGCAGUGACAUUUUAGUGGUGUGCAAUAUUUACAUGUAUCGCGAUAACAGCGAAAAAACGAUUCGUUGAGGGGUUUUUAUGUUUCCAAUGUCGAAUAAGAGGUGAGAAAAAUUAACUCUACUUGUAAGUAAUUGUAAAUGUGUGGUGUAUAGUCAUAAAGUGUUGUAAAAAGAAACUGUCCACAAGAGACUUUGACUUUAGUUUCGUGUGAAGAAGAGGAUCAUACUGUUGUGCAAUCAUAUCACAGUGUUAAACAAAAAGAAGUGAAUCGACACUCGAGGAAUUCACACUGCAAGCGAAAUUGUAAAAAGGAGAAAAAAAAAGUGUUGUGUCGGCUGAAAGAAAUAUAUAUAUAUAUAUAUAUAUGUAUAUGGAUAACAUUUUAUGUAUGCUAAUGACAUUAACUGAUUUAGUAUUCAAUUGAAAGUACGGAUCAACAGGGGUGAAGCAGCAUGUAUUGGAAAAAUGCAGAGAGUUCAGCAAAUCCCUAUUUGAAAUUAGGUGAUUACGUUGCAGGCAAAAGAGGAUUGGCCCCGUGUGUUCUCUGCUAAUUAACACACAUACACGAGGAGGAGUGAGAGAUCAGGGGGGCUAAAUUGCAAAGAAAAAGCCAUUGCAGACGGUGAACUACAGCACGUUGGCCCUUGUUGAGCAGUUUGAUUACUCUCGCCUAAUUAAGCCCACACCCCCUCAGAGCGCCCUCGGGAUACGAUCAGCAGGCUGACGGGUAGUUGCUGGCAACUGAAGCGAGAUUGAGGGAGAAUGUACCGCGUAAAUUUAGUCAAUCAAGUACCACCCCCGGGUGCGCCCCAGCAGCUCGUUGGGGUGCUGAGUCAGAUGGACGCGGGCGGGGGUGGCGGCGGGAGCAAUGGGGUCAUGGUGGGCGGCAUGGGUGGCAGCAGCUCAGCCAGCAUGGGUGAGGAUGCGAUUAUGACAGCUGUCAAGGUAGAGCCAGUGCACGAUACCGCCUCCACAAGUUCAACAACCAACGGUCACGUGGUCUACACAACGAAGCGACCUCGCAUGGAAGGUGACGAUUGGUUGUCAUCGCCUAGUCCGGGUAGUGUACCCAGUUCAGCACCACCUCUAAGUCCAUCCCCAGGUUCCCAGAGUCAUAAUAACUAUAAUAAUAUCUCAAAUGGAUAUCCAUCGCCAAUGUCGACGGGCAGCUACGAUCCCUACAGUCCCAAUGGCAAAAUAGGUCGUGAGGAUUUAUCGCCAUCGAGCAGUCUGAAUGGAUACAGCGCCGAUGGCAGCGAGAGCAAGCCGAAGAUUAAGAAGGGACCGGCCACGAGGCAGCAGGAGGAGCUCUGUCUCGUGUGCGGCGAUCGAGCUUCCGGCUAUCACUACAAUGCUCUCACCUGCGAAGGAUGCAAAGGCUUCUUUCGGCGGAGUGUCACCAAAAAUGCCGUGUACUGCUGCAAGUUUGGGCACGAGUGCGAAAUGGAUAUGUACAUGAGGCGAAAGUGCCAGGAGUGCCGACUGAAGAAGUGUCUGGCGGUGGGCAUGAGGCCAGAGUGCGUGGUGCCCGAGACGCAGUGCGCGAUUAAGAGGAAGGAGAAGAAGGCACAGAAGGAGAAGGACAAGCAGCAGGUCCCGCAGCCCGUGAGCACGACGGACACGUACAAGACGGAAAUUCUGCCGCAACUCAUGAAAUGUGAUCCACCUCCCCAUGCGGCGUGUGCCGUGAGGGCACUCCUACCCGAGAAACUCUUGGCUGAGAAUCGGGCACGAGGCAUUCCAUCGUUAACGACGAAUCAAAUGUCAGUCAUAUACAAAUUGAUAUGGUAUCAGGACGGCUAUGAGCAACCAUCCGAGGAGGAUCUCAAGAGGAUAAUGCAUAGUUCACCGACUGACGAUGAAGAUCAACAUGACGUUCACUUCCGACACAUAACAGAAAUCACAAUCCUCACAGUACAACUGAUUGUGGAGUUUGCCAAAGGACUGCCUGCCUUCACGAAAAUCCCCCAGGAGGACCAAAUCACGCUGCUCAAGGCGUGCUCGAGUGAGGUGAUGAUGCUGCGAAUGGCGCGGAGGUACGAUGCAGCGUCAGACUCCAUCCUGUUUGCCAACAAUCGCUCCUACACGCGCGACUCGUACAGGAUGGCCGGCAUGGCGGACACGAUUGAGGAUCUGCUGCACUUCUGCCGGCAGAUGUAUUCCAUGACGGUGGACAAUGUGGAGUACGCCCUCCUCACGGCCAUUGUGAUCUUCUCGGACCGACCGGGACUGGAGCAGGCGGACCUGGUGGAGGCCAUCCAGAGCUACUACAUCGACACGCUGAGGAUCUACAUCAUGAACAGGCACGGCGGCGACGCCAAGUGUUCCAUUCUGUUUGCCAAGCUGCUCUCCAUACUCACGGAGCUGCGCACGCUGGGCAAUCAGAACUCCGAGAUGUGCUUCUCGCUGAAGCUGAAGAACAGGAAAUUGCCACGCUUCCUCGAGGAGAUCUGGGAUGUGCAGGAUGUGCCGCCGGGACUGCACACCAGUACGCCAGGUGGGGUGCACGCAAAUGGUCAGACCACCGGCGGCACAAUUGAGCCGGCAUAGUAAAUGGGCUCCACUCCCGCGAAGAGCGUCCUCGCGAACGUCCCACCUGGCCUCUGUCCCUCCCGCCACACUCACGCGCAUGUCUAGAGAUAUGAGAAGAAUUUUAUUUAUUGUACAUAGAGAAAAAUUUGUGUAAAUGUAUUGAAUUUUUAAUGUUGUUGGCAUUAUGGAACGAUGACAGAGAUUCUCUGGCGGGAUGAACAGAGGCCGAACGGCGUCGCGCGAGUGAAAUGAUUUCUCAUGAUGUUGUUGAUGAAUAGAAUAUUAUCAUGUUGAGUGGAGCCCAAUUGUGUAAAUUUGUUUUCUCUUAUUUUCUCUAAUAUUCAGUCCAGAAAGUAUUGAUUGUUGCGCCAAUUUGGGAGGCACAGUGGGCGAGAAGAGAAGCUGCUGCCUCCGAAAUUGUGCCCAGAGCAUUUGACAUGGAGAGCAAACUCCAGAAGAAUAAGAGGAAAUGAGAGUGGUGAGAGGAAUGCUGGAAAAGAAGGCUCCUUAUCGUUUGGCUGUGACUUGUUAUGUAGGAAAGCUAUAUAAUUCUUAAAAGAGAUGAUGAAAAGUAAUUUUAGACAGAGAGAAUGACCAGAAAAAACCUAUUAGAAUUCUAACUAUAAAGUAUAUGGAGAGCGAUAUUUAAACACUAUAAAUGAAGGAGAAAGCUAAAAUUUUAAGUAAAAUAACUAGUAAUUCACAACACAGAUUUUAUCUCUAAAAAAACAAUGAUGAUGAAAAAUAUGUUUAGGAUAAUCUAUAUAAUUUUUUUCACUUUAAUUUUUGUAUACGUCUUUCUUACGAUUUAUUAUCUUUAAGAGAGAGAAAGGGAAAAUGAGGAAGAAUAACAUAGAGGCAAAUUGGGGGGAGAGCACAUUUGAGAGAGCGACAAAAAAGGAUAAAUAUUGACGAAAAAUUGCAUCAAUUUUUAUCAACAUUAUUCUUUUACGCAUCAACUGUCUGAAGUGAGCUGCAGCUGAUAAGAGUGUACUAAAGAAAGCGAGAAGAUAAAUUCACAGUAAAACAAUAGAAGAAUGACAACACAGUUGAGCCAUGCCAACUCGCGUCAUAGUGAAACAACAGCAACUCAAAACAGCAACAUUUUACAAAUAAUACAAGUAAAAAAGAGUACGAAGAAUUUGGAACGAGGUGCCUUUUGACAAAAAAUAUAUUAAUUACAAAAAAAGAAGCUAAAAGUACGCAAGAAUUUGGGGUGGAGAGAAAUUUGCUGAGUGCGAGAGAAAUUUAUUUAAAGGGGAAGAAAAUCCAUAUGAGAGUGAAAAAUCUACAUAUGUUGGAGGAGAAAAAAUUCUAUAAUGACUGAAGGGAUUGGUGCAAGAAUAAAUUCAAUAAAUUAUUUCAGACACUAUUUAAUGCUGUAAAGGGAUCCCAAGAGGUGAAAAAACACAGAGAAAAGUCUCUAUGAGGAAGAUAAUUAAGAGAAAAAAUAGUGUAGAGAAAGUGAAAAAGGCUGAUUGUUUGAUAUUUUAUAGAUGAAAAAAAAACCACAAGGAAAAUUUUGAUAUGCGACAAAAGAGAAAAAAGAUACUUUUAACACAGAUUGAAAAAAAAUUCGAAAAAGCACGGCACAUGAAAUCAUUUGGUAUAGAAAAUUUAGAAUUUGGUUGUGUUAAGAAUGCAAAGUAUUUUGUGGUAAUUUUUAUUUUUCCCUUUUCUUUUUUUCCCCUCUCUUUGAAUUAAUCGUGACUCUAGCUGAAUUGUGUAGGAAAAAGAUAAAAUAUUCUUUAAAUUUUCUCUUUGCACGUGUGAGAGAAAUUCGCGAGGGACACGGAAACAAAAAAGUUGAAACACUUUGGAACUGAAUUGAGAAAACCGUCCGUUUUAGGAGAAAUUUUCUUUUAUUUUAUGUAUACAAUUUUAUUUUUACCUUGAUCAUUUAUUUUUGUGGCAAUCUUGGAGAUGGUAAUUUUCACAGAACGCGCCAGUAAAGAGAAUUGAUGCGUGUAUAAGAAGAGCAUGAGCGUCGAGAUACGUCUGAAAUUCACCUUUCUAUUAAGUCUAUACGAGAGAUAAGAUCAUUAAAUAGUGAGAUACGUAAAUUAUAUUAGAGAAAAAAGUGAAAACAGUGUUAAAAGUUUCAAAAAUAUAUACAUAGAGGUCGUAUAUUUAAUAUUACGGAAGCAAAUUGAUAUGGCAGAGACAAAGAAAGGAAAAUUAAACAGAAAAAAUCAAAGAGAGUAAAUAUUGUUGGGGGAAAUAGUGUAAAAAAAGAUUUCUAGUGAGAUGAGUUUAGUCGCAAAGUCCAUAGAUUUUGCGACUUUUACCCAAGUCUACGGUGAAGGAAGAUGAUUCAAUGCAAGAGUUUCAAUGGAUAUUAAAUGAAAUUAUGGGGAGACAAAUUACAUGUUUGGCUAAAUAGAAAAUGGCAAGAUAAAAUGUACAUAAAUUAAUAUUGAAAUUCAGAUGAGACAAGAGGCAUUGCGUAAAUAACUUAAAAAGUCACAAGUGAAGAAUUAAUUAACACAAAAAUAUGAAUAAUUAUGUAUAAACAUAGAAAAUAUAUAAUUAACAUAUUCUAAUAGCCAUUCACAGAAAUCAAGAUCUAAUAUUUAUAGUCUUACCAUAUUUUAAAAGAAGAUUUAAUAACGGAAGGAUGUGAGAUGAGCACGCGAUAGAAUAUAGCGUGUCCCGUCGAUCCUUAUGGCGCAUUUCCAUGUGAGGUCUCUGCAGAAGUUCCAUCUGCAAUUUAAAGUCUGUCGAAGCUGUCUUUUAAUGUGUAUAAAAAAAACCCUGUAAAAUCCGUGUUUUGAAGUGAAAUUUCAGUUGCAAUUUUGAUGGUGAACCUUUAACAAGAACAGACAAACAGCAUGCAAAUAAUAGAGUUUAGACUAAAAAAGAAAUUUCCAGUAAAAUAGUUGAAUAAAUGCCACCAUGCCUUAAGGGGUACCUGUUGCGAAGAUAAACCAUUGUUGACAAAAAGCAUAUACGAGAAAAACACAAAAACAGACAUGAAACACACUCAGAUGAAAAUCAAGAUAAAAAGCCAUCAAGUACCUCACUCUCUUGAUAAAAAAAAAGUCUAAAUAAACACUAAAAUAGAUAAAGUAGUAGCAAAGUAGAGUUCAUCUGUAACUUCAAUGCCGAGAGCGGAGGUGGUUUUGGGGUGUUAAGAUCAUUUCACCUUUAUCCAAGAGGUCAUGAAGCUAAAAUUGUGACAAUUUUCAAAUCUAGAGAAUCUGUGAUUAAUGGAAAAAUGGCCAGUAGAGCGAAAUAAUCUAUGAAAAAUAAAAAGCAAUUCUUUGCCUAUUUGGAGAUAAAAUCUCAUUCUUAAUGGAAUCCCUUAAGCAGUAGAAUCAUCAAAUCACACUUAAAAUGUUCUCUUGGUGCAGAAGGAAAUGUUCUUGAACCCCAUUUCUGCAACACUAAUAUUAAUCUCGCUCAUUUGAUAUUCUCCUGAAAUUUCCCCCAGAAUUGUGAAAAUUUCAAUGUAUUGAAUUUCUUUGAACGAUUGCGAGUGAAUAAUUUCACUACACUGCCAUCUUAUAUACUCUUUUUGAAGCGACGAAGUCCGUCGAGAUAUUAGGAAAAAAAAGCAUAAAGAUGAUAAUGACAAGGAAACAUACCCAGAACGUGGAUUGAAAAUCGUGUAAAAUUACUUUUACCAGCUGUUAAUUGCAAAUGGGGAAAAAGAUAAGAGGCAAAAAAGUGAGUGUCAUAAAAGAUUUAAAACUCUAUGUGAGAAAAGAAAAAAAACACAUUUCAGUGUAAAAUUUUACUACAAAGUGCAUAAAGUAAUUUAUUGAGACGAGAAGAACUAAUAAUGAUAUAUUAUGCAUAAUAGUUGUGUCACAUAAGAGCAUUUUGAAGAUAAAAAAAAAUUUCUUACUAUACAUAAGAGAUAGCAAAUGAAUUAAACAAAAAAGCGUUUAAUGUCGUGUCAGUUUUUUCAUAAUAACAUCAAAUAGCAACUCUCUCUCUCUUUAUUCCCGAGCACACACACAUUUAGGAGGAAAAAUUAAUGACAUAUUUAAGCAAGAGAAGACAUAGAGAAAUUACUAAGCUUUUUCGCUUUCAAUAGCUAAUGGAAAACAUUUUAGUGGAUAGAUUUAAAGAAAAGUGUUAGAGAGAGGAACAAUUUCCCUCUCUAAACGAUAUCGCACAAAUUCGUCAAUAUAGAAGGAAAAGAGAAUAUGAAGAUAUUUCGACAUAAUUCAAUACUGUCACCUUUCUUAAACCAUUAAGCAUGUGAGCAAGCAUGUGAAUAUGUGGAGAAAAUCGUUGAUUUCUUUUAUGAAUUGAGAAAAAAUAAUAAUACAAUGACACUGCCAUGAUUUACUAAAAGUGGAAAACGAAGUCUUUCUUCAAAUUGCACCGCAUAAAUUUAGAAUUUUUCAUAGUAGAAGCAUAAUAAUGACUAAAAAUGCGAUAGAGACUUAUUAAAACUGAAUGUUGUAAUUAUUACAAGAGUAAGAAAUCGAAAUUAAAUUGCAUGCAUUUUUCAAAAUUUAGCAUAAACAUUGAAAUAUAUUACUGCCACAAUUUUUUAGCUUUGGGACUAAAUGGUUAAAGUAAAAUAAAAACAGAAGAGCAGAAGUGAACAGGAAAAAAAGACGGAAGAGCUAGAAAAACCGUGAAGAGCGGCAGAAAAACUGAUACGACUUUUGAUGAAAUGGAUAAAAAAUUUGAUGAUGUAAAAGUAAAGAUUACAUAAAUUGAUGUUUGUUCCAUUUGACAUGGGGUGAGAUCUUGAGAUGAGAAAUCGUAGCAAUUCUUUAGAGAAAUAUUGAGUGAAAAAUUUACAUUUUAAACCAGUAGAUUUUAUUGAUGAGAUAAAAAAGAGAGAUGGAAAAAGGUGGUUUUUUAAUGAGCACCGUUGAAUAAAACUUUUAUGAGAAGUUUGGUGAUUUGAUUUAUCACAAUAAUACCACGAUAUUCAUUUAUUAUACGCAAAAUUUUUUACAUGAAAAUGAAAAAAAACGAUCAAAAGCGAUAGAAAUUCGAAAUUAUAUUAAAAUUAGACGAAAGAGAAAAAUUAAAAGACUUAACCCGAUCGGGUCCAAAUUGGCUUUUCUUUCAUGGUCAAAUUUGAAUAAAAAAUAAAAAUCUUCUAAAGUGAAACCACUAAUUGAAUAUUACGCGAAAAAAGUCGAAAAUAAUUUCCUUUUCCUACAUGAAAAAUAACGGCGAAAUUGAUUAAAAAUUUAUUAUGAGAGAAAGAAUAUUAGAAGAAAGACGUUAACGACUGAUCACGGUGCUCUUUUUUCACGUCAUGGAUUGACAUAAGAAAAAAUUAUUAAAAAAAAAUGAAGAAAUGAACGAGAUAAAAUUUUCACCACAUUAUAAAAGAAAAAUUAAGGCUUAUAAUUGUAAUUAUGGAAAAAUUGUCUCGCAAGGCAUUAUUUCAAAUUUGAAAGUGACGCAUUGGAAAUGGCAAUUUUCUCCCGGAACAUUUUUUGGCAUGUGCAACAUGGAAAGUCGUGAUCUUAAACUGCCGCAAUUAUGAUGUUGUUAUUUACCACAAUAAAUUGUUGAUACUUCGUAGACACGAGAUAUUUGUAGUGUUAAAUUCAACUGCCACUAAUUUGAUGUUUUCAUUUUGCAAAACAUUUACGAAAGAACUGCCGAAAUUUCUCUGAGCAGCGCAAUUAAGAUGGCUGAAACUGUGCGGGAAAAUUGCAAUUUUCAUUGUAAUAAAUUUAAUCAAAAAAUAAUUUUUGCUAAACGAGAAGUAAAGAUAAAAUAAUUUAGAGAUCGUAAGAGUGUUUUGUAGUGAAAUGAUUGAAAAAUUGCAUAACAAUAAUUGCACGCAACUUAGUUGUGCAAAAUGUGAGUUUCGUGCAAUCUGUUUGCAAUUGUUCGAAGCAAUCUGACAAAACAUUCUUGCAAAAUUAGAUUAGCUUGUUUCUAAAUGUGAAUUUUAUCGACAUUUUCCAUCAUACCAUAAUUAAAAUUGAAGAUCUUCAGCCACAACUAUUGAGAGGAGAGGAUGAGAAAGUGUCUGAAAACAACGAUAGGCUCAGCAGAGAGAUUUUAUGAUUAAAUGAAGACAUGAUUUUCUUAUCUUCUUUCAGCAAUCACCGUAAAAAUCCACAGAAUCAUAGUAGAAAUAGUGAUAGAUAUGAUGAAAGGUCUCCGCAGAGAGGACAGUAGAAGAUAAGGAAAAUGGAAAGAUUUUUUUCUUCGUUAUUUCUUAUAGAAAAAACCGAGUAUGAAGGAAGAAAAGAAUUAUUUUAAGGGGUCUAAAUACUUCAUUCUGAGAGGUCAGAUAAACUAUCAAUGAAGAGGAGAAGAAAAUAGAGAAAAGAACAUAUUUUUUAUACAGAAGAAAAAAUGAUGCAAAUGAGAAGGUAAUUUAAAUGUCAGCAUACCUAAUCUAUAAGUUUUGUAACAAACCCAUGUAAAAAGCAAAAACCUCGAUAAGUUGCAGUAUAUCGCUAUUUUUUCUAUUGAAACUAAUUCUUUUCAAAUUACUUUGUCAGUAGCCACUAAAACCUCUUAACCGUAUAGUGAGGAUACGAUGUGUAGAUUUAAUUAACUUUAGCUGUUUUUUAUUUGUUGUUAUAUCCCUUUUUUUUACAACUUACUCUAGUGCUAUUUAAAUGCAGAAAUAGAAGAGUUAUUUAAAAAAAACCGAAAGCAACCGACACUUAUAUAAAUAAUGAAUGAGUGCAAGGAGAUAGCAAACAAUUCCUCAGUUAAAUUCUCACCGAAUGAGAGAAGAAGUGCGUGAAGUUGAAUGAUGAUGGCUAAAGGAAGAGAGCAUUGAAACCAAUUCAUUUGUGACUAUUCAUCUAACACGAUAAUUUAAUAAAUUAACAGAGAUCAUAAUAGAAGAGAAUCACAGAAAAUAAAAAUAUUACACACAGUUUUAGGUAAGAAAAGUGAAAUAUAAAAAAGCUGAAAAAAUAUGAGAAGAAAAAUGUUGUAGUGUGGUAGUUGAGAGAUUGAUUCAGAGUAUGAGAAGAGAGAGAAAAAAUAUAGAGAAUAAUAAUAAUAUAUUAUAAAAAGAAAUAGAUGAAAAUACAUAUUAAAGAUGAAAAAAAGUAAUAGAAUAAUGUACGAUAACACAACACAAAAAUGGAAGAAUUAAGUGAAUAUUGUAAUGAAGAUAUAAUAUAGAAAAGAUGAAAAGUAUAUAAAUUAAAGAUGAGAUAAUAUGAAAGGAAAGUAAUUAACAGAUGAAUUAAAAUAGAAAUUAUAUAUUGGAGUGUGCAAUAUGUACAAAUUUUACUUUUUUAUAAAUAUUGUAUAAUAGACAUGGAAAAUAUAUUAUCAAUUAUUAUUACUGAUGAUGAUAAGCAGAUGAUGAUGAAAUAUAUAAGAAAAAAAGAUUUUAAACCUUAA